AUGCUGGAGACUCUAUACCGCCAAUUCCAUUCCAUUAGACCAACGCUCCUUUCGAAAACAUCGUCAAUAAUUUAUGAAGAGAGUUUUCAACAACUACGUGACGAGACACAUUCUGUUUUGCUUUCCUCUUGCCGCCCUAAUCUGAUUAUUGACCCGAAACUCUGGUUACCCAUGACACACAGUGAGCGUAGUCGAACUAUUCGAUGGCGUCUUGGUUGGUUACCCGGAGGAAUACCUAAAGCCUGCCCAUAUCAUCCUCAUGUACACUUUUAGUCGGUCAUACGCCACUGAAUGCUUGCACAUGCACACUCGUUUAUUCUUGCCACGAUCAAUUACAGAUCCCCUUUCCUUUCUUUUAAAUCAUCUCCCUCAGCAUAAG